AUGUCGUGGAACGCGUACGUGUCGGUGGGCUCGACGAAGUCGACGGCCCAUUUGACGCGGGCAGUCUUGUUGACGUCGGUCGGUGUACUUAUGUUUGCGCCCAACGCGGCCUUUCUUCAUGCUGGCGGUGUGCUCACAUAUCAUUUCGCGGCUGGGCAAGUUGUCGCCACCAAGCGACACGUUGGCACGUUGCCAUAUCUUGCCAAUAGUUCGUGGGUUGCGCCCAAAGAUGCGAGCCACUUCAAGUAUGGCCCCACGUUGCAGCUUGCACGGGUGCUGAACAACGCGUACGAGAAGGUGAUCUAUGACAGCACGUCGCUGGCCAGCGGUCAGCUCCUUCAUGAAAACGCGGGGUUUUGCAACUCAAUUUGCCGCUCAAACUUGAUCGACAUUCUGAUUUUCGGAUAA